UCUCGUCUCGCGCGCCCCGGACUUAGCUGAGGAAUCCCAAUCGACUUAGGCUCAGAGCGGAAGAAGAGCAUUCUGCGGCCAUGGCUACCUCGGGAGAGAUGCCCGAGGGACUCGGGCGGAGGACGAUAAUCGCUGCCGUCCUGCUGUGCUUUUUCUCCGUCAUAUCUGUCAGCCUGCGACUCUGGGUCCGGCUUAAGAUCGGGGCAAGAGGCCUGGACGAUCUCCUGAUGACAAUAGCCCUGAUGUUCUUCAUAGGCUGCGUCACCAGCAGCUCUAUUGGUUGUUUCUCGGGAAUUGGCGCAACCGACGAAGUUAUACAGAGGAUGGACCCGUCGGGAGAGAUGCACAAGAAUGCGGUGAAGAUGUCUGUCAUCUUCAACAUCAACUACAUGUGGUGCCACGGCUUUAUCAAGACUGCCAUCUGCACCGCCCUCCUACGGAUCACCAAGGCGAAGCGCUACGUUAUCCCUAUAUGGGUGGUGAUGCUCCUGAGCGUCGUCUUCAGCUUCAUCGGGUUCAUAAUUGUGAUGACGCGAUGCACCCCGCUAGCCGCGAACUGGGAACAUUCCGCUGGCGUGUGCAACGGGAUCGGCAAGGUCGGCAAAAUUAGCAUUGCCGUGUCGGGCAUCUCCAUCUUGACCGACUGGUCGUGCGCUAUCAUCCCCGCCUUCAUCCUGUGGAAUUUGAACAUGAAGCUCAGCGUCAAGCUCUCUCUCGCAUUCGUCCUCGCCCUUGGUAUUCUAGCCAGUGUCUCUACUUGUAUUCGGCUGCAAUACCUCCCCAUUCGCACCAACCAUCGCAACCGUUCUCAGAAUGCCCUCCAAAACCUCGGGUACAUUAUCAUGUGGUCUAUUGCCGAAUGCGGCAUUGGCAUCAUUGCUGGCUCGCUCCCGCCGCUCCGCCCGCUCUUCAACAGAUGCGAGCUCAACCUCGACGGGCGGGGCAUGCGAGCUUACGUGAAUAACAUACUCGAAACCCGCGGCAGCCAAAAAAACAUCCCCAGCGGCGCCCGGUCCAUACGGCUCGAUAGCUUGCCGAACCUAGGGGACUUGAGGACUAACUGCCUGACAAGCCAACGACAAUCGCGAUGGCCGGGAAGCCAGACCGUCGACGGGAGCUCAAGCCGGAAGCUUCUCAUCGUGAAGGACACGCGGAUAGAUGUCGAAUUCGGUGCGGCGGACGCCGCGAAGCCGGCGAGCAGAAACGGAACGUGAGAGCUCUCAUCGACUUCCGCGCCGUAGUGUUAUCACCACCCCUGCUUUACUUUUGUCUUCGUGCACGGUAAUUAAAAAAGAAAGGAGGAAGAAAGGAAAAAGGAAGCUCUAAACAACCGGUGUCAAAUUGUUGAGUAGACAGGUUGUUGAUGGUUAUCGGCUGGUGGAGACUAGGGGAGUAAACAUGGAUUCCUUAGGCGGAUAAGCGGGAGUUUAAUAUCAGCGGGUUCGGAAUCGGACUGGCCGGACCGAGGGUUCUCUAGUCUGGGGCAGAAGGUAAUACGGGUUAUAUACAACUACCAUAGAUUUCAUAUACUAAGUGCAUUUCACUUAGUAGCCGUCAAACUGCACCGCCCACGCCUCUCUCGACCCUUGUUGUUCUCUCCCGUCCUG